AUGUUGUCCGUAGGAAACGCCAUUGGCUUUGAGGCAUGGGUAGAGGAAAGGAAGGAUAAGAUCAGACUGAAGGAAUAUCAAGUCACCCACCAUCCGGCAAAAGGGAAAGAAUCAGCGUAUACUGAAUGCUUCCUCGAGACUGUUGACCAGCCAUUUCGAAUUCAGAUAUCUAGACUUCCCAAUCUCAAGGAUCAUAGGGACAUCAGGUUAUCUCCCUAUAUCGAUGGGAAUCUUCUUUUGGCGAAAGCGUGGUUGAAAGAUCACAAGUCAUGUCAGUGGGAUCAUAUUGUUCAAAAACAAGAACAAGGCAAGAGGGAAACUAUCAAAUCAUCCUUGUAUUUCACUCCUCUGCCAACGACCGAUGAUCGAACCAAAGUGACCAUCAGCCCCGAAACUCUCAGAACCCUUGGGACCAUCGAGAUCGUUCUCGAAGUGGGUUCUUAUAAACCUACUGGCUAUGAAGCUCGACACACCUCGAAGCUGGACAAGAAGGGCACUAUUCACGAAAAAACAAAAAAAUUGCCUUAUGCCAUAUCUGCUGUCAACGGAGAGCAAUACGAGCUACCAAGAACAAUGCAUUAUAUCUUCACACCCGCAGCAAAGGGCAGUAAACUCUAUCGUUUCCUCUUCAAAUACCGUCCUCGACCUGCUUUGGUUUUUCUGAAAGUGAUUGAUGAGCCCGCACAAUCCCAUUACGUGUCUCGAGUCAGCAUUAAGAGAAAGUCGUCAUCGGUGGGUGAAGCGAUAGAAGUGGUAGAUGAUCAAGAAGGAGAGCCGAAUCCUUCCCUUCAAGCCAAACGAGUCAAAUAUCUGGAGGAACAAGUCCGAAGACUCUCGUCUCAGCACAGCCAAUCGCUCGAGGCAGCUAGGAAGAACGAUGAGAUUAUAGACAUAACCUCUGCCGACGAUGUCUAG